AUGAACAAGCCAGUUGCUAUGUUGAGUUUGGCCAACGUUGUGGCAGCCACAACAACAGCGCAGGGCACUUGCGGCAGUUGCUUUGAUCGACUGCGGGCCAAGCGUUUGGCGCAGGACUCAAGCUGCAGCAAUUACAGCAAUAUUAAGCAAAAGCUGCAAACUACAGUUCAUUGCUGGCUGCUGCUGCUGCUCGUCUCCACACUCAGCGGCGCCAACGGCUUGCCCAGUCCACGACACUUGUUGGGCGCCCAUUUGCUGCUGCCACAUCAUCGACACCAUCAUCAUCAUCAUCAUCAUAACGUGCAUUUGCGCUCAGCCGAGUCCAGCCGACCGAUUGUCGUUAGAAUGGUGAACGUAACGCUGCUGCAGGACGCUUUGAAUGUCAGCCUGACUACGCGCAAGGCUGCCAUGGAACUGUUCAUUGAACAGACGGAAGCAAUUGAUCACAUGAAUCUCACGGAGGCGAAGCGCCACUAUGGCUUUCAAGAUAUAAGUCUGAGCUAUCCUCUGAUGGAGCAGGCCAAUGCCAGCGAGUUUGAGGAUCAGGUUCACAAUGUCACCGAGUAUGUUGCGACGGAGGCGCCCAAAAUCUAUGACUCUCUCUACAUCCUGAGCGCAGUUAUGAAGAGACUGGUGCAAGAUAAAUUGCUCCACAGGGAUCACUAUAAUAAACACACCCAAUACAUUGUGGAGAAGGUCGAUCACAAUAUGGCCAUGGCAGCCAAUCUGUCCGGCAUACCCGAUAACACCACAAUCGAUGUGCCCUCCACCUUCAACACGAAGUACAGCUCUCCCGCCUAUGGCCUCAGUAUGGAGGUGAUCAAGCUGCUUGAUCUCAUUAGCAAGAAAUAUCAGCUAGCGCUCCAAUAUCUGCAACCCGCUCAGGGCUAAGCCAGCAGCCAGUUGAGUUGAGAGCUAUACCAAAAGAACAACAACAACAACAACAACAACAACCAACAAAAAACAAUAAUCAACAUUUCAAC